AUGGGCGACGAGUUUAAAGGCCAUUGGACGGAUAUGCACACAUACAGUGCAGACGCCCACGCUGCCAACUUGGUCAGGACAAUGCCGGUGACGCAAGUCAGCAUUGCUCCUCCCCUCAUCGUAAUGGGCAUUAUAUCGUCCUGGUGGAGAGUGAUCACCGUUUGUACAGCUUGUCUCCUCCUCACUGACAGUCAUGUUCUGGUCACAGAAUGUCCGAGUGGAACACCAACCUGUUCGCACGGUCAAUGCAUUCGUCGUACGGGUUGGGAUGAGCAAGGCAAAGCAGUGGACGAGGAGCAUUGCAUCUGUAAACCUAAUUACUAUGGCAAGGCAUGCACGCUCCUCUUGGUCGCGGAGUUCUCCGACCCCCAAAUUGUCAGUCCUGGGGAUGUCACACUCUUUUCUCUCGAUGAGCCAGACGACUAUGAAGGCGGCGAGCCGCACGAACAAUACCUCCCUCAUAGGCGCGCUAGAUAG